UCAAGACCGGCCCGCUCGCUGCCCUGGUAAGCCCGACAACUCCACUCCAUCUCUACCUCACAACGGUAGAAGAUAAAGCAUUAAGACGUAGAAUAUUACAGGUUCUCAUGAUGAAAGAAGAUGGAGAAAAGUCGGUUAAAGACAAACAACCCAUUCCAGAGCCCCCUCCCAACCUAUCAGGGGUUCUAGAACCCAUUCCAGAACCUCCCCUCAACAUAUCAGGGGUUCUAGAACCCAUUCUGGAACCUCCUUCCAACCUACCACGGGUUCUAGAACCAAUUCCGGAACCUUAUUUUAACUUAUCAGAUGUUCUAAAACGCCUUCCUCUGAGCCUGGGCCUCCCCGAACGCUUUGGGUCCGCCAUGGCCCGGAACAUUCUCAGCUUGUUCCACGCCGACCUCCACCAGCACCAGGAGGAGGACCCCUUCCUCUCCUUUGACGACGAUGAAGACCCCCUGGACCAAGAGCAAGCAGGAGGGGAGGAAGAGGACCUGAAGGAGGAAUCUUCUGUGGAAGUCCUGGCUGGACUCAUCGCCUCAGCCACGAUUGCCUCCGCCCUUCGAGAGACGUGUUCUCGUGGGAAACCCAUCCAGGGCUGGAACCCCCCUCCGCCAUCCCAGCUGGAGUGCACCGCUGUGGGGUCGCUGGACUACCCCGAUGCACCCCCGACCUCGCCCGUCGUCCCGGAGCAGGAGCGGGAGGGCCGAGGAGGCAGCUUCUCCAGGAGGCUGAACGACGGAUUGGCUAGAGAGUUCCUGCCGACUCCGUCUCCACCUCCCCCGAAGCCCAAGGACCGACGGAGCGAAGGGGGCCCUUUGGGGAACGUUUUCUGUACCGAUGAUGACCACCGGGUGGCGCUGGUGGAGCACGUGGUGCGCUCACUGUCGAUGGGAGACCCCCACGGCGAGGAGCUCUCGUCGGGCUUCAUGGCGGACCGCUAUGGAGGUGAUGGUGGAGAAGGAGCUCAACGGCAGCAGCAGUGGGAUGGAGCCAAAAUGGCGGCUUACAUGGAGGACCUGACUGAGGAGAUCAUGGAGUGGGUGACCGGUCGGGUUGGUGAGGGGGUGAUGGAUAUCGGUCAGAGAAGAUCCACUGAGGCGAGUGAUGAUGGUGAGGGUCGUCUUCAUUGCAUGGCUGACCGGCUGGCUCACAGCAUCGUCACCUCGUCCCUCCGUAAGGUUACCAUGGCACAAGCAUGCACAGAAGGGACCAUCCAAGUACUUCAACAACAUAUUCCAUAACAUUUAGAAAAAUGUACGUUCUUGCUGUUGUUGUUUUUUUACAGAUGGAUAUCAGUACACCAUCAUGUCCACUAGGCUGCAGCACAAGACUUCCAGUGUCCUAUAAAAAAAUCUUUUAAUAAGCCAAUUAUCAACGCAAUCAGUUAAUGGCUCAGAAUUCACAUUAAUUUCGUAACUGUGUUGUCCUUGUUAUUUUUGUUGUUGGAUAAAUAUAUAUGAUAUACACGUACCCCCUCUGGUAUUUGGUAGAAUACACAGCGUACACAUUUGAGAGUCAAUUCAUUAAAAAGCAGGUUGGAUUAUGAGUAUCUUGUUCAAGGCUGCCUACGGUUUGGUCUGUGGACACGGGGGUUUGAACACAAGACAUUUCGUCUGAGAGGAGGAACAACGAACAGCUAUUCCAAAGCCUCUUAUCCUAUCACCAAAAGUAUUUAAUUACGCAACCUGAAUCGUGAAAAUGUGUGACCUCACAAAGGUCAUGUAAUUGGCCCAAUAGGAAGAGAGCCAAUUAGUAAGUGGACUUUUCCCCCAACAGUAAUUUGUCUGUAUUUGAUUUCGUUGAAGGUAACCAUUUAUUCUGUGAGUUGGUAAGGAAAUAGCUUCCAUCUGAUCUUUGGAUCUUGAGCUGUUGUUGCAACGUGUCACACGUCUUGAAAAUGUAGCUCCACUGAAUGGGAUUGCAAAUAAUAAAAUCAAAUAUGACCAAAUUUAA